UGGUAAGGCAUAGUGAAGCAUUAAACAUUUGUGUCCCCCCCAAAAUAUACAUUGUGGGUAUAAAGUCAUAUUGUGCGGAGGAUAGUUUGAUUUGAUUAGGAUUAUGUAUGAACAAAUCCAUGACAUAUGGAGAUUCUGCUGUCAGCUCAGUGACGUAUGGAGGCAUAACUCUCUGCAAGAAGAGAUAAAGACAUUUGCAAAUGGAUUUCCUUGUCUGUGUUUGGUUUCAUAUCUUCUGAAUUUUAGGGUUGUUUCUCAUCCACACAAUAUCAGAGUUAUGUUGUUCGGAUAGAGUCUAAAUUUAGUACACAGAUAAAAAUUGAAAUUUGAUGUCUUAUCUUUAGAAACAACAUUUUACAGCUUUGUUCUCGCCUUUGGACCUUCCAAUAUUCUGCUUUUCAAAUUAAGAAAUGGGUUCCUGCCUCUGUGUUCUGGCCUUCAAAUGGUGACUUUCAAUACUAGGGUAUUGAUUCAUUUAUAUAUUUCGUUAUGGUUGCUAGUAAAUUAUUAAAGUGUGGGCUUUAACCAUGAUUGUUGGUUUAUAUGAUCUCUUUAGAAUACCUCGUUAUUGAUUUAUCCACUUCUGUGUGAUAGAUAGAAGUAGUAUAAAUGAUCUCUCCAAAUGCCUGGUUAUAGAUCUAUCGAGUUAUUCCUAAUGCUAGCUAGCAUAUAGCCAAAGUGCUGGCUCUGGCCAUGAUAGAUGCCUCUGCAUAUUAAUGGUUAGUUUUUUAUCUAUUUAGUUCAUUAUACUCGCCUCCUGUAGGUUCUUGUUUUGCCCAUCUUGCCAAAUUGAUGUCAGACUUGCUGCAGUGAACCUCUUGUUUCUCAAGGUUACUAGGACUCUCUACACGAUCCUCUACAAUUCACCGUUGUUGAUCUGUCAAGUUUAUCAUGCUGGAAAAUGUCUGGUUCAAGUGUAGCCUUUGGGCAUAACAUAUAGUCCUCUGUAUCUCUGUUCCAUCAUCCUCUUUGAGCUUUCGCCAUUAUAGUAUGAGGAAUCGUUCAAAGCAGAGAUCAGGUGGGGACAAAGGAGACUCAGAUCGGUUCAAAGAAGAACCUCAUCUAUCUGGUGCAUAUAUACGCAGCUUGGUGAAGCAGCUUACCUCCCAUAGAAACCAUACAUCAGAAGACGGCGGUGUUACAUGCAGAGCCGAAAAGGGUACUAUUCUUAGAAGCCAAAAAACCAAUCAAGAAGCUACACCUCUUGUAUUGAAUGACAAAGAAGUGUCUUCUAAGAAUAUCAGUUUUGAGACACAUUUGGAGGGCGGUCUGCAAGGCUUUAAUUCUCCCAAUGUGCAUGAAGAGAAGGACACAAAUUGUAAGGGAGCAAAGAAGGCCCCCUCCUCCUCCUGUGAGGAUGGUAAGGCCAAAAAGCAAGUUAGGAGGAGACUUCAUAGUAAUAGACCUUAUCAGGAACAUCUCCUAGAUAUGGCAGAAGCAAGGAGAGAAAUAGUUGCAGCCCUCAAAUAUCAUAGAGCUUCCAUGGGUACUGCAAACUCCAAGCAAAGCACAAUCAGCCCCUCCAAACCUGCAAACAUCAAGUACAGAAGGAAUACAAAAGCCCAUCAAGCAAACAACAGAUGCCACGCUUGCAUUCUCAAGUCAGAUAUUUGCAAACCCAACGAGGCCGUAGCUAUGACAGUGUGUAAGCAUCUGUUCUGCUGGGCUUGCCUUGGUGAAUGGCUAAACUUUUGUUCCUCUGCAGCCACUAAUUAUUGUCCAGGCUGCUCCAAGCCUCUAAGGAGCAGUGAUGUUAUGCCACUCAACUCUUUAUCACAGUGCAACAAAGAGGUUCAAGGGCUUCCUCUUCCACAAGGUAAUUCCAUUUCCUUCACUCAUGAAAGCUCCAACAAUCAAAGUUCUGCAAGCUUGGGAUUAUCCAUACCUGAGACAUAUAAAAAUUCUAUUGCCAAACACUCUAAUCCAUUGGAUCCUUUCCCUCCAUGGUCUGAUACCAUGAUUCUUACUUCCCAAAUUCAGCAGAAUCCAAGUCUUAACUUAGACCCACUAAUUUCCAUGUCUCAAAAUUCAUGGCAAACCACAGUUUCUUCAAACUACUGCUCCUAUCCUCCAAUCCAAAGCAGCAUGGAUUUUAAUACAGAUCAUGAACACAUGAAAACAUGGCAUGUGGCAAUGGAUGAUGAAAAAAUGGCCCAAAUCAGAUCUAUAGGGGAUCAGUAUGAGAUGGAGUGGAACGACACAAUCAAUGUGGUAAACUCUACAUGGUGGUCUAAUUUUGAAUCAAUUCCAGACUAUCAAAUGAAACCCAGUGAUGAGGAGAAGUUUGAUGUCCUCUCUGCACUUACACUUCCUUCUGAGAGCCUUUGGCAAGAUGAUCAUUUUAUUUACUCUCAUGACUGGCAACAACAACAUCAAUAUGAAUUUGGAGACAACACUUCCACUGUGUCUGAGCCAUCAAUCAACUCAGAAUCCUUAACAAAACAGCCAAAGAUGGUUGAGAUUGAAGAGACUUUGGAUGAUACUGCCAUGCAGAGAUGCAGCUGCAAUAUGGAGACACAUAUUUCAUAUUGUUCAUGCAACUGCAAUGUGAAGGACAAAAACAAUUCUUGUUCCUGCAACUGCAAAACGAUGGAGAAUCGAAUUUGUUAUUGUUUAUGCAGCUGCAAUACCUAGAAGAAGCAGGAGAAUUUUCAUGCCUGUAACAUGCUGAAUGGAAUGUAUGAGAUCUCCAGCAAACAAUUUUGUUAGAAAUUUUAGCUGCGUUGUCGUUCGUACAGCUCAGGCUCUCUAUUGAUUAUCUAAAUCUGUCUAGGUUUUAACGAGGCUAAGCUGAUUUUUGGAUUCAAUGUAAUUUGGGAAAAAUAUUGUAAUAAAGUUGACUGCUGAAAUGUUUGUAUGUCUAUGUAGUAGAAAAAUCUAAUAAAU